UCCAUCCAGCUCGGAGCUGCCCGCGCGCCCCAGCCGCCCGCCCGGCCGGCCGCUCCGGCCCCCGGCGCUGAUGGCUGUGCGCGGCGCCAACACCUUGACGCCCUUCUCCAUCCAGGCGAUCCUCAACAAGAAAGAGGAGCGCGGCGGGCUGCCCGCGACCGAGGGGCGCUCGGUACCCGGGGGCACAGCGGUGGCAGUGGCUUCGGCGCCCGCUGUCUGUUGCUGGCGGCUCUUUGGGGAGACAGAGGCGGGCGCGCUGGGGGUCGCCGAGGACUCUCUGCUGGCGUCACCUGCGGGGACCAGAACGGCUGCGGGGCGGACGGCGGAGAGCCCGGGCGGCUGGGACUCGGACUCGGCGCUGAGCGAGAACGAGGGCGGCCGGCGCUGCGCGGACCCGCCGGGGACCAGCGGGGCCUGCCGUGCAGGGGCGACCCUGGGCCUCGGCCAGCCGGUCUGCGAGCUGCCCGCCGCCAAGGACCUGGAGGAGGAAGCCGCAGGCCGGAGCGACAGUGAGAUGUCGGCCAGCGUCUCAGGCGACCGCAGCCCGAGGGCCGAGGACGACGGGGUUGGCCCUGGAGGCGCACGCGUGCCCACGCUCUGCAGCGGCGGCGGCGGCAGGCCGGCGGGCGGCGCGGAGGAGGAGGAGGGGCCCGCGGCGCCUAAGCCGCGCAAGAAGCGUUCGCGCGCUGCCUUUUCGCACGCGCAGGUCUUCGAGCUGGAGCGCCGCUUCAACCAUCAGCGUUACCUAUCCGGGCCGGAGCGCGCAGACCUGGCCGCGUCUCUGAAGCUCACCGAGACGCAGGUGAAGAUCUGGUUCCAGAAUCGUCGCUACAAGACCAAGCGCCGGCAGAUGGCUGCCGACCUGCUGGCCUCGGCGCCCGCCGCCAAGAAGGUGGCGGUGAAGGUACUGGUCCGCGACGACCAGAGACAAUACCUGCCCGGAGAGGUGCUGCGACCACCCUCGCUGUUGCCCCUGCAGCCCUCCUACUAUUACCCUUAUUACUGCCUCCCCGGCUGGGCGCUCUCCACGUGCGCGGCCGCCGCGGGCACCCAGUGAGCCGUCCUGCGGUGAGGCCGCGAAGGAUCCC